AUCAUCGUUCAAACAAUUUUAAUAAUUUCAACCAUUUUUUCAUCAAAAAUAAAACUAGCAUCGUGAAUAAAAAUGGUUUCAGUGAGAUGUGUGAUAAUGUUUCCCUUCUUCUGGUUUCUUCUUCUUCUUCCGCAACUAACCCAUUCCAAGCCGCAGCCUUGUUUAUCUUCUUCGUGUGGAAAAAUCACAAACAUAAGGUAUCCAUUCAGACUAAAACAAGACCCGGAACACUGUGGCAACAACAGGUACGAGUUGGAUUGUGUGAACAACGUUACGAGAUUGAGUUUGUAUGACGGUUACUAUUUGGUAGAAUCGAUCAAUUACAACAAUUACACAAUCCGAGUUGUUGACCCUAACAUUCAUCCCACCGAUUGUUCCUCUCUCCCUAGCUUCUUCUUAUCACAAAACAACUUUACUUAUUUGGAUGGUCCAUACUUGUACCGGUACUUUUCCAAAGAAAGUAAUUCAUACCGGUACAGCUUAAAUCGAUCGAAAUCGAGGACGUUCAUGGGUGAUUUCGGUGAAUAUGAUUUAUCCAUGCCAGUAGUUUACAUGAAAUGUACAAGUCGACCUAGUAAGGUUGUGGAUGAGUAUUAUGCCGACACGGCUUCAUGCUUGGAUCAACACAUGACAUACGCUAUUGUUGGAGACCCACCAUUUGCAAUUCUAGAGCCUCAAUGCCGUGUUAAGUUUAUUGCCCUCACAUCAUUCCUUUGGAAUACUGGAGAUUCAGAUAUUUACUACGGCGACGUUAUAGAAAACAUUUCAUAUGUUGAUAUUCAUAAAGCGCUCCGAUAUGGAUUUGAAAUUUCAUGGAUGCAAGCCUCUUGUCCUUGUGAUUAUUGCUUCCUCAACGACACGAUUGGCCAGAUUCAAUGUAUUGUACCCGACUGUCGUUUUGACUCUUGCGGAUCUUGGGCAGACAAGGUCCGUCUAAUAUUUGAUUACGUUGCUGGCAUCUACGAAGGACUUCGGGAGCUGACAGGCAUGGAUAAGAUAAUCAUAUAUAAGUCAAGUAUUAAUCUAUAUAGAGCGGGAACAAUUACAGGAAAGUAUAUUUUGCCAUACCUUACAUUUAGAACUAUAUUGGUUAUCAUACUUUUCUUCGGAUUGAUGAUCUAUACAUAUCGAAGAAGACAUGAAUCAAUAUAUGAAAAUAUUGAAGAUUUUCUACAAAGUAAUACUCUCAUGCCAAUAAGGUAUUCAUACAGAGAGAUAAAACAAAUGACAAAAAACUUCAAGUUAAAAUUGGGUGAAGGAGGUUAUGGAGAUGUGUAUAGAGGAAACUUAAUAAGUGGUCCAUUUGUAGCCAUUAAGAUGUUGAAGAUAAAAUCAAAAACUAAUGGGCAAGAAUUCAUGAGUGAAGUUGCUACUUUAGGAAGAAUAUACCAUUCAAAUGUGGUAAGACUCGUUGGAUUUUGCGUUGAAGGAUCAAAACGUGCUCUUGUAUAUGAGUACAUGCCCAAUGGCUCUCUUGAUAAAUAUAUUUUCAACAAAGAGGAACUUAUAUCUUUAACUUACAAUCAAAUAUAUGAAAUAUCUCUAGGAGUAGCACGUGGAAUUUCUUAUCUCCAUCAAGGUUGUGAUAUGCAAAUUUUGCAUUUUGAUAUUAAGCCUCAUAAUAUUCUUCUUGAUGAAAAUUUCAUCCCAAAAGUUUCGGACUUUGGUCUUGCAAAGCUCUACCCUAUCGACAAUAGUAUAGCCACUUUGACAGCAGCAAGAGGAACAAUCGGGUACAUGGCUCCAGAAUUGUUCUAUCAAAAUAUUGGAGGAGUAUCAUAUAAGGCUGAUGUGUAUAGCUUUGGAAUGCUUUUGAUUGAAAUGGCUAGUAGGAGAAGAAAUUUGAAUUCACACGCGGAGCAUUCAAGUCAACUAUACUUUCCAUUUUGGAUUUAUGAUCAAUUGGUUAAAAAUAGGGAAAGAGAAAUGGAAGAUUUUAUCAUGGAGGAAUUUAACGAUGUUUUGAAAAAAAUGUUCAUCAUUGCACUUUGGUGUAUACAGUUGAAACCCGUUGAUCGCCCUUCGAUGAAAAAAGUAGUGGAGAUGCUUGAACAAGAUCUUGAAAAUAUUGAAAUGCCUCCAAAGCCUUUAUUAUAUCCACAUGAAACAAUUCAUGAGAAUGAUGAUACCAAUUCAAAAGAAACUGAAUCAGAUACUAGUUCUACCAGUUAUGAUGAGGAAAUCACAACCACUCAUUUGUUGAAGUAUUCUUCUUGAUAAUUUAAAGUUUAUACAUGUCUAACAUUUGUUUAUAUUUGAAUGAGAUUGGCCGGAAGGUAAAUUUAUAUUUGAGGUUUAGAAGUUGUUAAUAAAAUACAAGUGGACACUGAUAAUAUAUUCUUGUAUUAUGUGCAUUUUUGGAAAAUAAGAAAUGCAUGACAGUUUCAAUUUAAAUGGAAAAUCUAUUUGUAGAA